UGUUAUUGUUCUUAACAUUAUUUGCAUAGAAGCGCUUACGCUUCCUAAACAAGAAUAUAUGAAUGAGAACCAAGGUGGCCUCAGUUCCCCACUGGACCUUUAAAUCAUGUUGUUGCUCGUAUAAUACAUAUUAAUCUUAAGCUAGAGUUUCUAUGCUUCCACUGCUGAGUAGGAUCAGAAUAAGGAAACAAACCAUUUUGUGUAUAUUUUUUUUUAUGUUUUAGGUCGUCAAAUUCUACUAAUUAAUCUUGAUUCUUCCAGCAGAAUCAUAUAGAAGCAGAAAUGAGUGUUUCACCUCCUCCUGCUAAAAUACUGGUAGGCAUAUCUUUAAACCCAGAUGAUAGCAAAGAGCUUGUGGCAUGGGCAAUCAGGAUUGUAGCUCAUCCAAAUGACACUCUGGUUGCCUUACAUGUUCUUGUAGAACAUCAUAGGAAGAAACACGAGUCAGUUGCAAAAUUUCAAACACAUGCUGGUCAUACAAAAGCAUACGUCAUAUCUGUGAUGGCUGAAUUUGCCACAAUCUGUCACUCUAAGCAGGUGAAUCUGGAGGCUAGAGUUGGGUUCAGCACUAGUGUUGCAAGAGGUCUAAUUGAGGAAGCGAAAUGUAUAAAUGCAGAUUUUCUUGUUGUUGGUCACUCAAGAAACAGAAUUUCGCACGAAAUCACAAGGUACUGCUUUGAGCAUGCCCCGGAAGGAUGUUCAGUGGUCUCAGUUGGGAAAUGUGUCGUACCACAACAAAAUUCAGGUUUAAAUACUCUGCACAUUGAAGCAGAGCAUUGUCAAAUGAUUUCAAAGUGGUCAAACAAAAAUGAUCGUAUGGACAAGUCCUCGGUCACAAAAACAAAGAGAGAAAAAAUAUUUUCACCAAGAACAGUGCUAGAUGUAUGUAAAGGAGAAUCAAAUAGCACUGGAGAAGAUAGCUCUAGUUUUGGGGAUUCAAGCAUAACAGAGUCCCCUCCUCUGUCUCUUGAGUUAAAAAGGGAAUCCAAUUUUCCAAAGCCACCAUCGCCUUUUAAGCGUGUUUCCUCUUUCCUACGAUCAUCAUUUGAUUUCAAUGCAAGAAAAAGAAAUGACGUCUUAUCUGACAACGAAAAGCAGCAACCUUCGCUAAGGUGCUUUAGCUACAAAGAGAUUGCGAAAGCCACAAAAAAUUUCCACCCGGAUAAUAUGGUGGGGAGAGGAGGAUACUCAGAGGUGUAUCGUGGAGAUCUUGAUGAUGGACGUGCCAUAGCAGUUAAGAGGUUGGCAAAGGACAACACAGAUGAAAACAAGGAAAAAGAGUUCCUUCUAGAGUUGGGGAUAAUAGGACAUGUAAACCAUCCCAAUACUGCAAUCUUAGUUGGCUGCUGCAUUGAAAAUGGACUCCAUCUCAUCUUCAACUUGUCUCCCAAUGGAACUUUAGCAUCUGCAUUGCAUGGAAAAGAAGACAAGUUACUCGAGUGGCCAGAUAGAUAUAAAAUUGCACUGGGGAUUGCAAGGGGUCUGCAUUAUCUUCAUAAAUGUUGCAAGCACCGAAUCAUACAUCGCGACAUAAAGGCCUCCAAUGUGCUUCUUGGGCCAGAUUACGAACCACAGAUUUCAGACUUUGGACUCGCAAAAUGGCUUCCUAAUAAAUGGACUCACCAUGCUGUGAUUCCGAUAGUGGGAACGUUUGGUUACUUAGCACCAGAGUACUUCAUGCAUGGAAUUGUGGAUGAGAAAACCGAUGUUUUUGCAUUCGGAGUUCUUCUUUUGGAGAUCAUUACUGGCCGUAGGCCAGUAGAAAACCUUCUCUUGUGGGCAAAGCCGCUUAUGGAAUCAGGAAGCAUCACUGAAUUAGUUGAUCCGAAAUUGGAAGAUAAAUAUGACUUGGAUCAAAUGCAAAGAUUAGUGCUCACUGCUUCUUAUUGUGUGAGACGAUCCUCAAUAUGGCGUCCAUCAAUGAGUGAGGUAUUAGAACUUCUAACAUACGGAAAUGAUUCAGAGGUCGUAGAGAGUUGGAGGAUGACAAAGUUUACAGAUGAGGAGAUGGAGAUGGAUGAUUACUCCAUGGAUUUCGGAUAUGUGCGUCCAUCAGAUAUUCUUCUGGAAGACAUAUAAUAUGUGUAUCGAGGCCAUUUUCUCAUAUUAUUUUUUUCCUGUUUUGCUGUUUUGUUGUUACAGGUUUCUUGUGAUGGAAUGGAAUGUAGAUUUUGGUCAAGACAAUGUAAUUCCGUAGCAACAGCUUGUUUCACUCCAGUGACAUACAUACCCCUCUAAGGCUAUGUUUGAUUCACAAGACUAAUAGUGAAGGUAUUAAUAAUCUCAUUAAAUUAGUGUGGUGUUCACUAUUCAAUUGGAUUAAUCGGAUAAAUUAUCUCUUUAUCCACUGUUUGAAUUGCAUUGGAUAAGAAAACAUAUAAAGGUGAAAUAGUCUUUUUAUUUUAAUCCCACUCCUACCACAUUACUAAUAAUCCCACUCCUACCCGAUUACUAAUAAUCCCACAAAUUUGUUGGAUUAAUUAUCCAUUGGAUUAAUAAUCCUGAAAAAAAAAAUUCAAAACAAACAUAGGAUUAUUGGAUCCACGGAUUAAUAAUCUCAAUCUCAUGCUCUAAUCCUAUCAAUCAAACAUGCCCUAAU